AUGACAAGUUCACCUGAUCAGAAAGAUGAAUCUGGAAUAGAAUUUGAGGUCCAGACACAGGAACAGAGGGGGGAGACUUCAGCAUUAACCAAAGAACAAAUUCACGAAGAAAUUGAACAACUUAUCAGAGGCAUGGAGGUUAACCCUGGUCAGUUUGAAAAUUUGGCCAAGAUGACCAGAAUGGCAAUGCCAUCAUCUUCUCUGAGCCCCGCUGUAAAAGACUUACACACCGCUGUCAAACUUCGCAAUGUUCACCCUCCAUCCGGAAUCCAAACAGGGAGUCAGAAACGGAGCUUUUACACGGACAGCGACACAGAACAGACAGCCACUCCGCGACCAUCGAGUUACCGUAGCUACGACAAAACACAACAAACCAAAGACAAAUCCCGACUCCUAUUUUACAGGGACCCUUUCCCAGGGGGUAUACCAGUGGGGGAGGAAUUUUCUGUGGAGAAUCGAGCGAAUCUAGAAAGGAUGAGAAACAGACAGAUGCACAGAGAAAAACUCCGACUGGCCCAGGAACAGAAUAGCUACACAGAUAAAAGGAAGAGGGUGUACACAAGGAAACAGAGAGACCAGAGGAGAGCACAGCAAAUGGCGGGGCAGAUCCUGUCCCCAGAGGUCAUGUCAGAUAUAGACAACAGAUAUCCUCCCAGUGACCUGGGGUCAGAGAGUCAGUGGCGCCGGAGCCGCAGUGGUUACUCCACACCAGGGGGAAGCUGUGAUGAGAUGAAGUUGGGAAGAAACAUGAGAGCAGCUCCACGUCACAUUAUAGACUCCAUGGAUGCCCUCAGAUCAGCCAAUCAGCUCAGAGACAAGGACAAGAUAGAACGACUUAACAGACAGCAGCAGCUCCUACAGCAGCAGAGAGAUCAGAGGAAGAAAUUCCUGGAGGAACAGCGGCUCCGAGAGAAAGCCCAGCUGAUGGUGAACAAAGCUCUCCUGACAGACGAACUCAGUAAACACAGGUCCAACAGGUCUAGUCGGGAGAGCUUAACCGGGUUAGGAAGGCGAUCUAUCUCCAAUAAUUCCCUGGUGAAACGCUCAGUGUCUAAUGGCUCCCUGAACAAACGCUCAGUCUCCAAUGGCUCGCUGGCAAAUGCUGAUGGAGAGAUGGAAAAAGAGGACAAAAUGUCGGACAAGGUUGACCCUGAACCUGAGGGGCCCUCUCAAGGUCGAAUGUCAAGGUUAUCAAACCCAGCCUCAGAAAAAACAAACAAGAGUUCGGACUUUUUUGAUAAUGCGAGGAUUGAAGGACAGGGGAUUUUGAAUGAUUCGGACAAUGCGGAGGAAAAUGAUAAACUGAUGUCUGCGAUACGCAGUGAAUAUCAGAGACUGAGUACAUCAUGAGAUCAUAGGAUGUGAGAUCAUACUCGUGUACUCGAUAUUGUGAUUCAUCUCAGCUCAACAAGGUCACAAGCUCUACAUUAUCAUGUUGGAAUAAAGUUAAUGCAUAAGUAAGUUUGGUGCAUUUCCCUAGCAUUUUUAGUUGAAUAUUUUCAGUGAACAGAAAAGGAGAAUAUAGUAAUCGUAAUAUUGUGUGUGAAAAAAUAGCAGUUGCAUUUCAUUUGUGAUAUUACAUGAAGAAGUAAAACUCCUUUGUGUACAAUCCAUUUGGAUACUAAAUGAAUUCAUUAAUGUAUAUCUGAGUCUUACUGAAAAGAUAAAAAAUAUUUAUGUUGCAAGAAAAAUACAUUAUGAAUUGACAUGUAUAGUAAUUUUGAAUGAACUGUUCAUUAGAUAAGUACUUAAUAUUACCUGAAUAGGACUAGAAGGCAAACGUUUGGCAUGUUCACUUGUUCUAGGAGCAUAGUUUCCAGGAAAAUCAUUUCAUUUAAUAUUUAGCAGCAUUCUCAUUCUUACAAUUCUGUUUAUUGUAGUAAAUAUUUUACAUGUAUUUCAAAAUUAACUUGAAACAAAAAUUUGUUUUAUUGAAGACAGAGGUACUUAAAAUUAUAUUGCAUGUUGGACAUUGUAAAUUGUAUCUCUGUACUACAACAAAUUCUUCUGAGAAACAAGUACAUUGACUAAUGAAAUUAUACCUGUAUACAGGUAUGUAAUCUGUGAUCAGUAUUGACCUAGGUAAGGUCUGAACCCAGGGUUCUGUGAACUACAGGGGUGAUUGAAAUGCAUUUUGUUCCUCGAUGAACCAAAUACGUUUUAUACAAUUACAAUAUUGUUUUAAUAGAGAGAUUUUACUACAAGUCUUGACUGUGAUGAUUAUGUAUGUAUGAAUGCAGUUGUUGAUCGCUGCUUUAUUUUUGUACUUAUCUAUUUAUAGAGUGAGUAGCGUACAGUCAUUGGUUACUAUUUAUAGGAAUGAGUAGAGUACUGUCAUUUGUUAGUCUGUUAAACGGUGAUGAAGGUUUUACAUGUAGUUUACAAGAAAUAAAAUUGAGAAACA